GAGAUAGGGUGAGAGAGAUAGGGAGAGAGAGAUAGGGAGAGAGAGAUAGGGUGAGAGAGAUAGGGUGAGAGAAAGAGAGAGAGAGAGAGAGAGCAGAAUAGUGGGAGAAAGGGAGAGAAGGACACCGUAUCGUCAGCGAGAGUAGUACCAAUCGCGAGCCGAGUCGACGGAUAUAAUCGUGGCCGUUCGAGGGAAGCGCAUUCGAGGGUCGUCGUCGUCGCGCGUUCGAAGAAAGGAACGGAACGGAACGUGGACUGGACAAGAAGAAGGUUGAUAGAUGGAUGGAUAGAGUAAGAAGAAGAAAAUAAAGGACGUUAUAUAUCAUCGUGAUUACGAGGAUACGAGGAAUGAGAUCGCUAAAAGGGUUAAGCCUCGUUCUUGUGCUUCAAACUCGUCCUUUUUCUUUUAAAUCGUUAAAUUAGAGAGAAUGCGCGCACAUUUUCAUCCACGUUUAAUUAUAACAUUUUAUAAUUAAUUGUCCUGAUUGCGAAGAGGCAAAAGAAGAAAACUAAGGAGAAUAACGAUAAGGAAAAAUCGAAAAGUUUGGAAUGAUAAAGGCAAGAAGAAGAGCCGUUGACCUCCCAUUUCCUUUACGAUAAAGGAAAAGCGCAUAAUCGAAGCCGGAGAAGAGCGCGAGAAUCGCGAAAAGAAGGAAAUCGAGCGAACGAACGAACGAGGGAGCGAGCGAGCGAGCGAACGAGUCGAGUUGAGUCGAGUUGAGUCGAGUUGAGUCGAGACGAGUCGAGUCGAGUCGAGUAGAUACGAGUCGAGUCGAGUCGAGUCGCGAGCCGUGUGGUGGCAGCCCAGUGACCCGUUUUCCCUUCACCCUCAAUCGAUGUACUCCUGUAUUACCGUUUAAAAGGGAACGAAAACAAAACACGAGCUUCGACGACGACCCUUUGGUCCUUCCUCGAGGAUAUCGGGAACACGGCAACACGCUACCCGUGACCCCCUUUUCAUUCCAAAUCGAUGUAGUCCUCGUUGAUCGAAAGAGACAGAGAGAGAGAGAGAGAGAGAGAGAGAGGGAGAGAGAGAAAGAGAGAGAGAGUCACAGGGGCAGACAGAUUAAGAGAGAUAGACAGAUAAAGAGAUAGAUAGAUAGAUAGAUAGAUAGAUAGAUAGAUAGAUAGAUAGAUAAAUAGAUAAAUAGAUAAGUAGAUAGAUAGAUACAGAGAGAAAGAGAGAGAGAGAGAGAGAGGGAAAAGAGAGAAGGAAAAAGGGUUGAAAGUUCUAGCAGGAGAGAACGUCUAUUUCUUUUUCAAUCUUAAGAGCAACGUCCCUCGACGUCGUUCCAUGCUGGAUCCGAACGUUGGACCAGGUACGACGGAGAGGGAAGAGAGAAUGCGAGAACCUCCUAAAAGUCUGUGAAACAUGAUUUGUCAUACGGAUGUCGCGGGUGGUAAUCGUAAGACGAGCAACACCGACGACGAAGACGAGGACGACGACGAGGAGGACGAGAACGAGAACGACGAGAACAAGGACGACAAAGGUAGUGGCAGCGGCGACGGCGACGACGACGACGACGACGACGACGACGACGACGGCGAAGAAGACAAGGAGGAGAACGAAAACAAGGAGGAGGACAAAAAGGAAGACGAGGGAACGAAUCUUAGGUGGAUUAUUAAGUUUAACGCGUUAGUGGGAAUUAUUCUCAGCGAAGAGGGUAGAAUAAGAAGGAAAGGAAGAAGAAGAAGAGGAGAGAGAGAAGAAGGAAAAGGAGGAGGAGAAGGUAAAGGAGGAGAAGAAGAAGAAGAAGAAGAAGAAGAAGAAGAGGAAGAAGAAGAAAAAGAAAGCGAGGGCGCAACGUCGCGGGCGUGUUCGCGGGCGUUCGGUGAUAAGGUGGUGCGUUCACCAGGUGUCGGAUGACUCGGCGACGAGGGCUUAGAUAUCCCGUAGUCGUAGAAAAGGCGCGUUACCCCGCGAUAAUAAUAAAUAUAAUAACAAGAGAAGUUUAUAUAUCGUUCGCAUAUUCAAGAGGAGAACGUACGCGCGAGUCCGUCGCGCUCUCUCGUCGGCGACGUCGCCGGUGUUGGCGCUGCAUAGCCGGCAUCCUAGCCAGGUCGCUGGUCAGCUUUCUGCCCAUCAACGCGUUAGACCCCGACCUCCGACCCGUGAUAAAACGCGUCCGAUAUCUUUAGACCGUGAUGGAGGACUUACCCGAUAUAUCGCACCUCACUCCGGAGGAGAGGCGCAUCAUCGAGGAGGUCAUGAUACGACAGAAGAAGGAAGAGGAAAAAGCAAAUGAGAUUAUGAGACGAAAACAGGAUGAGGUUCAAGUCCUUGAGGAAACGAUACGAGCCCGUUCGGAGAAACACAAGAAGGCUGGGAUGGAGCUUAACGCCACGUGUCAAGUAUGCAUGAAAACCAAGUUUGCCGACGGCAUUGGUCACAACUGCAACUACUGCCACAUCCGGUGCUGUGCACGUUGCGGUGGAAAGGUCACUCUACGUUCACGUAGGGAAAUAUGGGUGUGCAUCCUCUGUCGGAAGAAGCAAGAGGUCCUUACGAUGACGAAGGCAGGCCUCGGUGCCGCGGACAACGCGAUGCUGCCACGAAUGCAGGAGGACAUGCAGGUGGGUGGUCCUCCGGGACUCGUGGACCAAACUCAGGAUAAGAGGCCGAAACUCGAGAGGGCGCACAGCGCAGCCGAGAAGGAGAACCUGCCUUUGCUGCAAAGAAGCGGAAGUCUGCUCAAAAGGCAGUAUUCCCAGCAAGAGCAGGUUCCAGGACGUCGGGUGUCCACAAGUGAUAGCGGAGUAGAGAUGUCUGUUUCACCUCAUUCGAGAAGUCUACCGACACCCCAUGUAGUCGUUGGUUCGUAUCCCGUUCAACAAACUCCAAGACAUCCUGCAGCCUACCCCGAGGACGAUCCUAGUCUGUACAGGGGUGAAAUCGACGGUCUCAUGAGACAACAUCCACAAAAUUAUCCGAGGCAACGACCGAUCUAUCAGGAUCAGAACUCUGACAUUGCAAUGGCGUAUGGUCAAUCAGGGACAGAGACCGGUCCUUCGCGUGGACCGGUACAUCCCUCGCAACAACACACUGUGGUACAUCAAGCGCAAGGUACGCAUCCCUCUCAAUCAACUGCCUCAGGUCAGAGUACUCUUCAGCAACAAAGAAGUUAUAGUAGCAGCGAGGAAGAACGAAGUACGCCAGAAUGUGGUAGCGACGAGCCUGACGAGUCCGAGAAGGGAAAGGCUUACAAGAAGAAUGCGGAUGAUCCAACGAUGGCUACGAGCGAGGAUUCACGUGGAAAGAAUGUUAUCCACAAUGGGCAACAUCCCAUCGCAAGUAUUGUCAGCAUCAAAUUUGACGGUGAUCAUUCAUCGCGAGAACCGCGAAAAAUGGGGAACACAAUCGUCAAACGGAGUUGCCGGAGGAAUGGCAUUGAAUGUCGUGCCAAUAAUAGGAGGUUUACAGAGAGGAGGGGAAAAAAGACGGUACGAUUUGACGGAGGGACCAAUAUUGGCAGUCCUCAGGAGGAUUGGUCAUGGGAGGCCGAUCGGUUGGUUAGUCAAGACAGUGCAACCAAAGAUUCCGUUAUAGAGGAGACAUCAAGCACAUUCACGAGCAGCGAGGAUAGCAAUAGGAACGAAUUGUCCAAGCAUCCUUUCUCCUGGCAAGUCAGCAGAGAUGGACAGAAGUUAAUCGGACACAUGGUCUUAAGAAAAUCCUUGGGUUCUGGGAGUAGUACAAGUAUACUCGGUCUCAAGGUCGUCGGUGGUAUACUCUUAGAGGAUGGUUCUAUGGGAGCCCUUAUUGAAAAAGUCAAGAAGGGUAGUACAGCCGACAUAGAAGGUCAAUUGAGACCAGGCGACGAGGUACUCAAAUGGAACGGUAGAUCUCUUCAGGAUAAAAGCUUCAGGGAUGUAUACGAGAUUAUCGCGGAAUCGAGGCAGGAAUCCAAAGUUGAAUUGAUAGUUUCGCGAAAUUUAUCGGCCGCAUUAGCACCGAGUACUACAACAAUGACGACAACGACGACGAUGGUAGCGCAACAACAGCAACAUCAACAACAACAGCAACAACAACAACAACAACAAGGACCACCGGGUUCGUCGAUGUCCGUACCGUCCAGGCGAAUAGCUGUACAACCACAAUGGAGACAAAAGCAAGAAUCCAUUUCCGGUUCUCAACAACCCCAUCACAAAGAUUAUAUGAUUUUUCGCAUUCCAGGUCUUAAGAAAUGCAUCCUAUGGGAAUUGUACGACGCGAGACGCGAGAAACCGUCGGUUUUAGUGACGUCACCUGGCUCACCGGAUCUACACGGUCAAGGACGUAUAAGGCAUGCCCGUAGAGCGGCACCAACAGGAAAUGCAAAUGUCGGUGGUAGUCUUCAAGUGAAGCUUUCCUUCGAUUCCAUUGCACUUCAAUUAAUCGUCACCGUCGUUUAUGCAUCUAAUCUUACACCACGUCUCGAUGGACAACUGAGGAAUCCAUACGCCAAGAUCUUUCUACUUCCCGAUAGGAGCGAGAAGUCGAAGAGACGGACUAAAACGUUGGCUAACACGAACGAUCCAAGAUGGAAUCAGACUUUCAUUUACAACGGGAUAAGAAGAUCGGAGCUUAGAAAGAGAGCAUUGGAGAUUACAGUUUGGGAUUACGGGAGGUACGACGCGAACGAUUUUCUUGGUGAAGUCGUCAUAGAAUUGGCGGUUGCUCCAUUGGACGAUGAACCCGAAUGGCAUCCAUUGACGGUACACACGGAACAUCGGCAUUAUCAGGAGGCAGACGAUAUGGUGAUAACACCGGUGGAUUGCCAUCUUAGCCCGCCGUCGACAACAUCGAGAUUAAGCGAUUCCGACACUUCGGAGUGCGACAUCACGGAUUGCGACGUCUCCAGGGAACAGAGACGAACGGCUGACGGUGCCAGCAUAAGUAGUAUCGGCAGUUCCUCCAGGUUUCAUAAUAUGCCGUCAAAUUAUAAGCGCCACUAUUCUAGCCCCCCGCCGGAAAGAGAGCUGUACGUCGAUGGUGAACAUCGGAGUCGAAGGGAUAUGUCGCCUCAAGGUAGUAAAAGAGCUGCCCUUAUGGCCUCCCGUGAUCAACCAGCCUCGAUUUCCAGUUAUCAGACUUAUCGGAAGGAUGAUAUUCAUCGUGGAAUGAUGGGUCACAGAUCCCACAGCGCAGCGCCAAUGGACUCACCUAACGUACGUUACCGUGGGAGAUCCCAAAGUCCCACCGGUCAUCGUUCUUUAUCUCCGCCCGAACACAGAUCCAUGCCUUAUUCGCACAGUUACAUGCCGAGAUUCGGUUCUAGAUCGGCAACAGCGACGCCUACCGGUUCGCCAAAGAAGCGUCAGCUUCCACAAAUUCCAGCAGUCCUUAAAGAGAGAGUAGCUCAAGAUCUCGAAGAAAGAGCAAGGUUUAUGAGGCAUCGUACUAGACAAGGACACAUUACAUAUAGGAGUACAGGAAUGGGAGGCUGGGAAAGACACUACAGCGGUCUUUCAGACUCGGAUCUACCAUCGAUCGGUCAUGAUCCAUUAUCCUUACCGCACAGUAAUGCUCAUAGACUGCACAGACCACGAAGGGGGCAUUUAAGUCCGGACAAAGAUGUCCUUGGUGACCUUGGGGACUCCGACAUGGAGAGCAUAGCCUCCAUAACGAGCAGUGCCUUCAGUACGCAAUCGGAAAGACCACGUGGAUCGAGGGGAUUAAUAAAGAUGCGUACGCCGUUCACGAGAUCGCAGACCGUCGACGAGAACAUGCUGAGAUAUUACAGUCCGGAGACCAGCGAGUACAGCGUCUCCGAGGGUUACAUACUCAAGCCGGAAGAGCUCACCGGUAGCUCGAAGAAUCGUAUACCGGAGAUAUACGUCGAGGACUGCCUGCAGGUCGACUUCAACGAUCGUUUCGUCGAGAAGUUUCGCGCCAACAACUCCUCCUCGUCGGCGUAUCGCUUGGAGUCCGGUUUGCGUAGACGCUCGCGUAGCUGGCAGGAUCGUACUAGCACAACGAGCGCCGUAAAAUCGAGGCCGCGAAAUGCCAAGAUCACGAGACUACUCCAACAAUCACCGUUUCUCUUAACCUCGAGCGUUUUAGCCCACCAACAGCCAAAACAACAGCAACGACAGCAGCAGCAGCAGCAGCAGCAGCAACAGCAGCAACAGCAGCAACAACAGCAGCAGCAGCAGCAGCAGCAGCAGCAGCUCGCCACUGCCGCCGCCACCGCCGUCGCAGUUGAUAAUAAAAGUCAUGACAUUAGGAACGUAGAUUUUAGCUUACGCCCGCGUAGGUCUUUUUUAUUUUCCAAGGCUAGAAGCUUCGAUUACGAUGUGAUAUAUGAUCCGUUCAGCGAUCGAUUUGGUACCACUAGGCUACGGGACACCGGCCUGUUGUCGCGCCGAGCCAAGAGUUUCGAGUACGAGACCAUUUCAAGCAACAUAUUCAGCGACGACAGUCUCAGAACGGCGAGGAGGAAGUUGAAGAGAAAUCUUUCUCUGAGCGACGCCGGUUACGGCGACAAGAUACCGGCGUUGGGGGAUCAGAGCAAGUCCUACUACGAUUCUAAUGGCGACGAUAAGCCGCCAAAGAGUUUGCUGAACAAGGAGCCCAAUUACGAUUACCUCACGAGCCAAGAUCACAAGCCAUUUUAUGGUUACGAUUCGGAGCUCAGCGCGGGUGAAACAGAGAUUUACGUGCCGAGCUUCGAUAAACGGACGACGAGCAUAAUCGAGGACUAUCAUCACCAUCGACCUUACCCACCCCUAGAUCCGCGCCGUCUUACCACCGCCACGACGCUCACCGACGACCUUAGAUCCACCUUCGGCCGCGAGGACACUACCAAGAGGAAAUACGUCGAGUCCUCUUCUUAUCAGGAUCACGAUGCCACCACCUUCAACGCGCACAUAUCCGCCGAGAAGAGAACGAAGAAUCUCGACGACCCGGAUCUAUGUGAUCCUUUGAACGAUCACGUUUAUUGCAGCAUCGACGAGACAGUAUCAUCCUCGGACAAUUGUUACAAUGCAACCAGAAGCGACGACGAGUACGAUAGGGCGAGACGACUCGCCAUGAUUUCUUCUCUUCCGCCACGUAGACGAACCAAAAGUACCGACUCGUAUCUCGAGGACGAUUACGAACGUUACGAAAAUUGGGACGUCGAUUACGACGACGAGGACGAGGGUUUCAUCGAUCGUCGAAAUCACGAGGACUACGACGACGAGGACGAGGACCUCGACGAGGACGUCGAACGAUACGGUUACGAGAACGGAGACGAUAUGACCGGGACUGCGACUACGACGAUUACGACAAUGACGGGGACUACGACGACGAUGACGACGACUAACUUGCGUGAUAACGAUCGCUCGAUUUAUAAUCGUCGUCAUCAGGACGAUUAUUAUCGGGACGAACAUCAACGACGUACAGCCGCUUCGAGGAACGCACACUUUGACGAUGGUACUCUAAUCGCUGACGAUUAUUACAACGGGUAUCGUAGUGCCGACGACUACGAUUAUCACCGUACGAUAACGCACACCCCAAGUGGCCUCGAGAACGAUAAGAGUUACAACGUCAAUACAUUUCCACGAAGGCGUAGGAGAAGAAGCAGACGUGGUAGCAGAGGCGAUAACAAUAAUAUCGUCUCGUACGAGAACGUAAGACCAUUGAACGUACGGGACGUCCCAUUAUUGAGGAAGGACAGCCUAGCCGUACCAAGUUUUUUCGAGAGCAAGAGGAUGAUGAUCCAACGUGCGGAGUCUACGCCGGUGCUGCAUUCCGACGAGGAUCCAACGACGUGUUCCGCGGCGAUAGAUGCCAGAAACAGACGUUUAUAUCGUAGGAGACGUAACAGCAGUUGUCCCGAGACGAAAGAAUAUAUUCGUAUCAGCGAGAGCCUUAGGCGUGGAAGUUGUAAGGACGAGGAGAGAAGGUCGAACUUUAUGCUGGACUCCGAGGAGGAGUUUGGCUCGAUGGAGACGGUCGUCGGUGCCGAUUACUUUAGACGGAAAAACGAGUUGGACCCUCGUGACGAUGAUGAUGGUGGUGGUGGUGGUGGUGGUGGUGGUGCUGGUGGUGGUGGUGGUGGUGGUGGUGGGGCUGGUAGUAGUAGUGGUGGUGGUGGUGGUGCUGUUGGUGGUGGUGGUAGUAGAGGUGGUGGUGUAGUCCUUGUAGGGAAGGACCGAUUAGGAUCAGGUAGAUCAGAUUACUACGACGAUGAGCCGCCGGUAGACUCCUCGAGGUACGAUCUCCUGCCGGAUUACGAGUGUCGCGAAUGUAACGAGGCUGCCGCCGCUCGCGAAUUCGUUAGGUCAGGGUCGCUACGUUCCUCGAACACGCACGAGUCGCGUUAUCAAAAUUGGUCGUCCUCGACGCGCGGUAGUAUUAGACGAAAGAGUAGCUGUCCGGAGUGCCGUGAGCUGGCGCUGUCCUCUUCCGGUGCCGAUUUAGCCGGCGUUGGUAGGUCGCGUAGGAGCGAUGAGAGGAGGUCGUUAGUCGAGGCGAGGCAGAGAUAUCGUAGGCGAAACAGCAGCUGCCCCGAGGCUAGGGAACUCGAGCUUAUAGAGAAGAGGCAGCAACAGCCGCAGCAGGACGGCAGGCACCAGACGCGUCAGCCUUCGGCGAUGCAGUCGCAGACCCAACACCGCCAGCAGCAACAGCAACAACAGCCGAGUAGUAAGAGGAACGUGGCGAUAAGCGACACCCUCGAGUACUACGAGUACUCGAUGGAGAGCGAGAGCCAGUGCAGCGAGAACUGCGGAUUUGGCCCGUGCGAUCCGCGUAGGCCCCGUAACCGAGCACCCCGCCCCGGUAACGCUAAUUCAAGUCUCUUUGAUUCCCAAACCGCUACCUCCGACACUGCUAAAAACUACCACCCACGGGCCGACGAUCAUCAACACGAAAACCCACGUACGAUCGCGAAACCGACAUCGACGCAACAACACCAACUACAACAACAUCAAUAUCAACAUCAAUAUCAACAACAACAACAACAACAACAACAACAACAACAUCAACAACAACAUCAACAACAACAACAACAACAACAUCAACAACAACAACGCCAACAACUACAACAACAACAACAACAUCAUCAUCAACAACAACCAUAUCAACAACCACAUCAUCGACAUCAUCAACAUCGCCAAACGAACCACGAACCACGAUCGUCGUCGUCGUCGUCGCCGCCGCUGCCGCCGCCGCCGCCGCCACUCCCGCACCCGCACCCGCCGCCGUCGUUGUCGUCGUCGUCGUCGUGUCAAUACUGCGCCUUCCCUCCCCCUUCUAUUCAUAAUAAAAACGUCGCCGCUAAUAAUUAUUAUCCCAAUCGUCGCGACCACGACGGUGAAUUCCCAACGUCCCAUCGGCGUAUUACCCAUCGAAAAAUAAUAUCUUAUAACGACGCCGGCGGCGACGCCGACGGUACCGUCGACGGUCACUCGACGACGACCGUCAUCAUCAACGAUGGUGACGUUCUCGACGGUGAUGUUGAUCAUCGACGACGACGUUACGACGACGACGACCCGCGGGAUCGUCGCUCCUCCUCCAUGCCCGAAAACAGCGAGUACUCCGGCCAGUCGAGUUCCUACGAGAAACCAACGAGGCAUCAGACGACCGACAAUGGCCACGAUGAACAACAUACUGGAAAACGGGGCCAAUUUACUAGGAGUCUCAGUAACACGGACGCACCACCGGACGAGAAAGUCGAUGGUAGCUUGAGCGACACCGCUGUCAGUUUGCACGUGGAUGAUGCCUCGAGGAGGGGUCGCAAGAGUUCACCGGGUAGUAAAAGCGGAAGCGGAAGUAGCAGCGGCGGCGGAAGCGCCGUACAGUAUCAGGCCGGUCUUGGAAAGAAGAGUAACAGCACGAGUCAGCUAUCCGCGACAGGUGGUACAUGCGUGGGCGAGGAAGGACGGAAACGACGGCUUGGAUUUGGGAAGAAGGGGAAGUCGUCCUUUACAGUUCACAGGAGCGAGGAAGUCCUACCGGAGGACACGGCCAGCGGUAGGAGCGGAAGGCAAGCGAGCUCCGCGAGCAGCGAUGGCGAGGGAAGCGGCGACGGGGACAGGUCCGUCCAUCGUCCCAUUAAACCCUGGUCGCCCAGUCUGCGAAUGGCAGGUGAGACCGGGCAGCUGAGAGACUUCAUCGAGGAUCUUGGUCCUGCACAAGUAGUUGGAAGACAAGCAUUAGGUGCCGGUUAUCUCGGUGCCAUACAGCUAUCACUUAGCCAGACGAAAGGUUAUCUCGAAGUAGAGAUCAUCCGUGCCAAAGAUCUUAAAACGAAAUUUGGAAGCAAAGGAAUUCCAGCUCCUUACGUGAAGGUUUAUCUUGUCAAUGGGAAGAAAUGUAUAGAAAAGGCGAAGACCUCGACGGCACGAAAAACGUUAGAUCCAUUUUAUCAAGAAUCGUUGGCAUUUAGAGAAAAUUUUCGGGGCUGUAUAUUGCAAGUUACGGUUUGGGGUGAUUAUGGCCGUUUCGAAGGGAAAAAAGUGUUCAUGGGCGUCGCACAGAUCGUAUUGGACGAUCUGAACCUGAAUCAGAUGGUGUUCGGAUGGUACAAACUGUUUGACGCCACAUUGCUGGUCAGUGGGCCUUCAACCCUUGCUUUAUCACGUCGCUCCUCAGCCACGUCCUUAGAAUCCUGUAAGAUCUAAGAAUGAUGUUUGUCGAUUAGAAGAUCGAAUUUUAGUUACGCUUAUACAUACAUAUGUAUAUAUAUAUAAAUAUAUAUAUAUAUAUUUAUAUAUAUAUAUAUAUAUAUAUAUAUAUAUAUUUAUAUAUAUAUAUAUAUAUAUAUUUAUAUAUAUAUAUACACAUGGUCGAAACUUAUAAAACAAUACAUUUAUUACGCACGCUUUUUAAUGAACACACGAAAUACGGGGAAAUCAGAAAGAAAGUGGAAUAGAAAAGAAAAGAAAAAAAAAAGAUAAUAGAAAAGAAAAGGAAUAAGAGAGAGAAGACGAACGUAAUCGAACGUAUGGGGGAUUAAAAGAAGUUUAUAAAGAAAAAUAAAUCUCUGUAAUAAUCACUUAAUUAAUAGAUUUAUAUACGCGAUGAAUCGCUUUAGCUUUCGUCUAAUUGUAAUUUCACGUGAAUUAAAUAUUUAAAUCUACGAAGAUAAGUUAACUUUCGUGAGUUAUUCAUUAUGUAUUUAUCCGACACAUAAACACACUCACACACACACACACACACACAUACACACAUACACAGGUAUAUAUAUAUAUGUGUAUAUAUAUAUAUAUAUAUAUAGUCUGUGCUUAUAUGCUUCAUAUAGAAAGGACGAAUUUAUCAGCUCUUGAAUUAAAUCGUAUGAUCUAUCCGAUCAGAAAUUACGAAAACCCUUUUUGUCAAGAAUAAAGUGUCACUUGUUAAUGAUGAUGAUGAU